UCCCGUCUCCAACAGAGACGCAAAUCAAACCUGAGUUCUCAGAGAAAGCCUUUAGCUCUGGCUACCUGGAAGGCCUCCUGAGUAGAGUCAUACAGGUACUCUGACAAUUUCGUUUCAUUUUUUCAGAGACUGUAGCUGAACUAUGGCUCAGAGUGACUUCCUCUACCCAGAAAACCCAAGGAGGCGGCAGGAAGUGAACCGCCUUCACCAGCAGCUCCUAGACUCCUUGUCUGACAGCUUCCAAGUCACCAACAAGCUGACCGGGGUUCUGAACACCCACUUGGGCUGUAGGCUGGCCUUCAUUGAGAUGAAAAGAGAUGGAACCAUCAAAGAAAACUGUGACAUCAUUAUCCAAGCUGUGAUACGAAUCCAAAAGGAACUGCAGAAGGUUGACGAGGCACUGAAAGAGAAACUGGAGCCAACCCUUUACAGGAAGCUUCAGGACAUCAAGGAACGGGAGACAGAGAAGAUCGCAAUCGUGCAAAGGGUCAUUUCUGUCAUCCUGGGAGAAGCUACAUCUGCAGCCAGUGCAGUGGCUGUUAAGCUCGUGGGCUCCAAUGUCACCACUGGCAUCAUUAACAAGCUGGUCACCGUGCUAGCUCACAUCGGGACUUCCCUCCUUGGUAGCAUUGGCGUUGCCGUGCUUGGUCUUGGCUUAGAUAUGAUCGUCCGUGCCAUCUUGGGAGCAGUGGAGAGGACGCAGCUUCAAGCAGCCAUCAAAAGCUACGAGAGGCACCUGGUGGAGUUCAAGGCAGCUUCGGAAAGGUACCAUCAUGCCAUCACUGAGGUCACCAGUGCCGUGAAACGCCAGAUAAGAUGAAGUCAUGGAUCCACCACUGGGAUAGUUCUGUGCUUCCCUCUGCAUCUUGAUGCUUAUUUCUUUAACUAGUUUCCUUUUCCAUAUGCCUCCGAUGUGGACAGCGAUAGAGUAAACAAUUGGGAAUGCUUGG